GUUUCCUGACUACGAUGAUAUAUCGAUAGAAACCCUAGGAAUAUUUUUGAUUAAGGAGAGAAAAUGGCGAAGUCGAUGAGAUCAAAGCGAGAGAAGAGGCUGAGAGCCAUAAGGAGGGAAAUAGUGGAACCCUUCUACCAGAAGAAAGAUGAUGCCAAGAUGGCCGCCAUUGAAGCUGCCCUCGCUGCCCCUAAGCUUCCGGUCUCUGCUUCUAUGCAACUGGAAGAAGAAGUUCCCGCCUCCACAACGACAACAACAAUCGAUCUCAACGCCAUGGCAGUGGAGAUGGAUGACAGUGACGAUGGCAAGACCAAGGCCUCCCUGAGAGCUGCGGGUGGAAUAGGAAAGAAGAACAAAAGGAAAUUGAAAUUAGCCAAAAAGAAGCGCCGUUCCGGUGGUAAGGGGAAGAUCAGGGGGAAGCGUAAUCUUUGAUUCUGUCUACCCUCUACACCCUAAUUCUUUCCUGUUGUUGUUUUUCCCUCCUUUCUAUGUUGUAGUACUAUAGACUUUUUCUAGUUGAACGAUAUAACACCAGUCGUUAUGCUUUUUUUAUUUGAAACUUGAAUGAGAGAUGCUAAUUUUGUUAGUAUUGAAUUAUAUUUUCAGGAAUUCAUAGAUGUGU